UCACUUCUUUUAUUCUCCGCCCCCACCAUACUCUCUCACAUCACAUUCAGUCCCGAGGCAAACCGAGUUGAAUCAGUGAGUCGAGUUGAGUUGAAUCAGUGAGUCAUCAUCAUGUCUGACGAGGAACACCACUUCGAGUCAAAGGCCGAUGCCGGAGCUUCCAAGACUUAUCCUCAGCAAGCCGGCACUAUCCGCAAAAACGGAUACAUCGUUAUCAAGAAUCGUCCAUGCAAGGUUGUUGAGGUUUCAACCUCAAAGACUGGUAAGCAUGGUCAUGCUAAGUGUCAUUUUGUUGCAAUUGAUAUUUUCACGUCCAAAAAGCUUGAAGAUAUUGUGCCCUCUUCCCACAAUUGUGAUGUUCCCCAUGUGAAUCGUACCGACUACCAGCUGAUUGAUAUCUCUGAGGAUGGAUUUGUGAGUCUCCUCACUGAAAACGGUAACACCAAGGAUGACCUGAAGCUUCCUACCGAUGACAGUCUGCUUACUCAGAUAAAGGAUGGUUUUGCUGAGGGUAAAGACCUUGUUGUGUCUGUGAUGUCCGCAAUGGGCGAGGAGCAGAUUAAUGCCCUGAAAGAUAUUGGUCCAAAGAACUAGCUUCAUGUCCUGCUCUUAAUUUGUUGUUUCUAUUUAAGUAAAAGAUAUUAUUGUGUCCUGUUGUUCAACCCUUUGGUUAUCGACACUGGUCAAACUAGUUUUAUCAAAUGUGUUAAUGGAUGUGAUACAAACUUAGCAUUUUUCGGUUUC